CAAACUUGUUUUAGAAAAAUCUUAGGCAGAGCUCGUUCUCCAUAAUGUUAACUGAGCUUACCUUCUUUAACUUCUGAUUUUACACGAACACAGGGAGUUGUGUCAUUGUUUAUUUAACCAAGAGAAAAAACGUGUGUCCUGAAAAACACAUUAUUGUGCGACUGAAAAGGGGAAGAUGCCUGUGGAGAGGACUGAGCACCGUGUUGCGGACGAGCUUCAACGAUACUAUGAAGUUUAUGAGACAAUCGGCUCAGGAGGCUUUGCUAAAGUCAAGCUGGGCAGACACAUCCUGACAGGAGAGAAAGUUGCCAUUAAAAUCAUGAACAAGAAGGAUUUGGGGGAUGAUCUGCCUCGUGUAAAGGUAGAAAUUGAGGCCAUGAAGAACCUGAGUCACCAGCACAUCUGUCGUCUUUAUCAGGUCAUAGAGACCUCCACCCAGAUCUUCAUGGUUCUCGAGUACUGUCCAGGAGGGGAGUUGUUUGAUUACAUCAUAGCAAAGGACCGCCUGUCAGAGGAGGAGACCAGGGUCUUUUUCCGACAGAUCGUGUCAGCAAUGGCCUACGUCCAUAGCCAAGGUUAUGCACACAGAGAUCUCAAACCGGAAAACUUGUUGAUUGAUGAAGACCACAACUUGAAGCUCAUAGACUUUGGUCUUUGUGCCAAACCUAAGGGAGGUCUGGGUUAUGAGCUGAUGACAUGUUGCGGGAGCCCUGCAUAUGCUGCCCCUGAACUCAUUCAAGGAAGAGCAUAUAUUGGUUCAGAGGCUGAUGUUUGGAGUAUGGGGGUGCUGCUGUUCGCUCUGCUCUGUGGAUACCUGCCUUUCGAUGAUGAAAACUGUGUGGUCCUCUACAGAAAGAUUAUGAGGGGUAAAUACGACAAUCCCCGGUGGCUCACUCCAGGUAGUGUCCUCCUGCUAAACCAGAUGAUGCAGGUGGACCCCAAGCGGCGUGUUACUGUUAGACAGUUGUUGGACCAUCCCUGGGUGAUUAAAGACUACAACAGCCCUGUGGAGUGGUACAGCAGGCAGCCGCUUGGCCACAUCGAUGAAGAUUGUAUCACUGAGAUGGCUGUCAACAUGAAGCGAUCGAGAGAAAGCACCACAGCACUGGUGAAAGAGUGGCGGUAUGACCACACCACAGCCAUCUACCUGCUGCUGCUGUCCAAGAAAGGGAGGGGAAAGCCUGUUCGUCUGCGCCCUGAACCAACUUUCUGUGAGGACUUCUCUCCUUCACAGCGGGGAUUGCAGAUGGGAGAUGCUCUUCAUUUUAGUGAGGAUGAGGAUGCUGUGAUUGUGGGUUCUUUGGAUUUUUGCUCAGAAUACAUCGAUGAUUGUCCUUGGCUUUCAGUUGCUCAACAUACACCCCAGGGGGUCAGAGGUCAGCCAGAUGGAAUGGCAACCAACAAAGAUAAGAGACUGGCAUCUCCAUCAGUAGAGAAAAGAUGUGCUUACAGCCCAACUCCGGAAAGUGGGCGAAAGACUGCACCCCGCCACCAGGAGAGGAGGGACCGAGCCCAUGAACAAACAUCUGAGAAUAAGGAGAAUAUUGCUGUUCAGGAGAAAGAUGUUGAUAUUUUUGUCUUGCCUCCACCUCGAACUCCAGUUUCGAGUAAGAAGAAUGCACGCCACAACAAGAAUGUGUUGACCACACCGAAUGACAAUGCAAAAGUAAAUGGCGGGAAAACAUAUGCAGUCACUCCUAAAGGUGGAGGCAGUGCCUCUAAAGAACGCAACAAGAGGACCGAAAUCAAAGAGCUUCCCAAUGUUGAAAUAAUGACUUUCAGCCCUGAGAGACGGUCUCGGUCUUUAGACAUGGCUGACAGUGGAAAGAAGAAAAGAGGAGGGAAGGUGUUUGGUUCUCUGGAGAGAGGCCUGGAUAAGGUGAUCACCAUGCUCACCCCCAGUAAGAAACGCGGCGUGCGUGACGGACCCCGCAAAAUCAAGGCACAAUACAAUGUCACUCUGACCAGUCAGACAAACCCGGAUCAAGUUCUGAACCAGAUCCUCUCCAUCUUGCCAGAGAAAAAUGUCGACUUUACACAGAAAGGGUACACCCUAAAGUGUCAGACCUGGGGCGACUUUGGGAAGGUGACAAUGGCGUUUGAGUUGGAGGUGUGUUUGCUGCAGAGGCCAGAGGUCGUUGGUGUCCGUCGGCAGAGGUUGAAGGGAGACGCGUGGGUCUACAAACACCUGGUGGAGGACAUCCUCUCCACGUCCAGCAUUUAAAUGCACUUUACAGACAAAAACACUUCGGUAGCAGUCGGUAGACUGGCUCUUUUUGUGCCAGCCAUCACACGUCUUCAUGUUGUAGAGAUUUGUAUCAGUCUUUAAUUAUUUUUAUGAAUAUUUAAAUUCCCCUUAGGCAAGCAUGAAAACCUUGCCGCAUGGAAUUUAUGAGAAUUACAUGUCAAGAUCCUUUAGCAUGUAUCAUGUUUUAUGUGCAUUAUUGGUUUUUUCCUUAUCCUUUUUCACAACUAUUUGGCUAAAUAGGAUCAUGUCAAUCCUCCCGAGCUGUGUGAGAAGUAUUUACUCUAUACCUUCUGGCUGCUUCUUAGCAUAUUUAUGUCAUGAUGUUGUUCUCCCCUGGAGGUGCACAACUUGAUUUAACAACUUAAAUAAGCAGAGCAUUACAAAUUUUCUGUCACUGUUCUUUUUAUGUACAUGUUUACUUCAAUCAGGAUGUUUUUACAUGUUUGUCAAGUGUCUGCUUUUAUUUUCUCAGCUGUGUUUCUUCUGUCUGUCACAUUGUGUCUGUACUUUUUUUUCCCGACCAUGUAAGAGGAACAAAAUAAACGGUUUCUGAUGA